AUGCCGCCACGCACCCGCACUCAGACCACAGACACUGAAGGAAGCGGCAGUCUCGAAGCAGCGUCUCUGCCACCAGCUGAAAGCCAGCAAGGGAUCGAGGCCCAGCUAGCAACCGCCCAGGCUAUCGAGGAAGAACUCCUCGUGAAGCUUCAGCUCAAGGAGGCGGCCGAGCGAAUUGAGCGGCUAAAGAAGCGGUUGGAAGACGGGGAUGUAGCGGAGGUUCUACCGCCAAUCCUUCCCGUCGACGAUCAAAGUGUUGCGUCGUCCAGCUCUGUCUCUUACGGGGGACUGCUGAAGAGCAUAAUCGUUGGUGUUCGCACCGACCACCCUACAGGUGGUCGGCGAAAGCGAGUUGAAGCCUGA